UCAAAGGAAAUGGAGUCACCUCCAAAUUCUUCUCCUUUUCCCUCUUCUAUUCUCAAAAAAGUUCGUCUUUCUCCAUUUCUGUUAAUAUUAUUACCCUUUAUUGUUCUUGUCAUUAUUCUGUACAGAGAAGAAUUCACGAGUAGCAUUUUUGUUCAGCUUGACUUUAGAGUUUCCAGCCAACAACACAAUUCUACCUCAAGAAUAAAGAAGAGCAAAGAAAAGUUACCAUUUGCAAUAGGAGAGACACAGGAAGGAUGCGAUAUUUUCAGUGGAAAAUGGGUUUGGGACGAGAAAAAGCCUUUGUAUGAAGAAUCAGAGUGUCCGUACAUAACGCCACAAUUGACUUGUCAAGCAAAUGGCAGGCCAGAUAAAGACUAUCAACAUUGGAGAUGGCAACCUCAUGGUUGCUCUCUCCCGAGUUUCAAUGCGACAUUAUUGCUGGAAACACUUCGGGGGAAGAGGAUGUUGUUCGUAGGCGAUUCCUUGAAUAGAGGACAACAUCAUUCUUUGAUUUGUCUUGUCAAUGGACUCAUUCCAGAGAAUGCUAAAUCCAUGGAAACUGUUGGUAAUUUUGAUGUUUUUACCAUUAAGAGUUAUAAUGCAACAAUUGAGUUCUACUGGGCACCGUUUCUGCUGGAAUCAAAUGCUGAUGAUGCAGUUAAACAUAGAAUCUAUAAAAGAGUUGUUCGAAAUGGUUCAAUUGAUGUACAUGGGAAAUAUUGGAAAGGGGCUGAUAUAAUUGUGUUCAAUACUUACCUUUGGUGGAGGAGUGGCUACCAUUUUAAUAUUUCGAAAGGGUCUUUUGAUGACGUAAAAAAUAUAGUGGAGGUAUCCACAGAGGAUGCGUAUCGCAUGACAAUGAAGAGUAUGUUGAGAUGGAUUAAAGAGAAUAUGGAUUUAAAGAAAACCAGAGUCUUUUUCACUAGCAUGUCACCUUCUCAUGAAAAGAGCACAGAAUGGGGAGGCGAAGCAAAUAAGAAUUGUUUCAAUGAAACUAAAAUGAUAGAUGAUCCAAAUUACUGGGGAUCAGAUAGUAGAAAAAGCAUAAUGCAAGUGAUUGGUGAAGAAUUUGGUAAAUCCAAAGUGCCCAUCUCAUUUCUCAACAUUACACAGCUCUCAAGUUACAGAAGAGAUGCACAUACAUCAAUUUACAAGAAGCAAUGGAAUCCAUUAACACCAGAGCAACUAGCAAAUCCAUUUAGCUAUGCUGAUUGUUUCCAUUGGUGUUUGCCUGGACUUCCAGAUACUUGGAAUGAGCUUUUAUUCGCCAAGCUUUUCUAUCCUUGAGAUUUUGUAGAUGAUUGAAGCCUAUCGCGCGUAUUAUGUAAUGUAUUCAAGAUUUGAUUCAUGUGGGAUAAGGAGAGUGAUGUUUUGUACUUCAAUACCACGCAAGAGGGAGGUGAUUUAUGUGAUGUCCAAUUUUUUGCGUACACGGAUUAUAGAAGAACCCAGUUCUUCUAUGUGUUCCUUAUA